GCGAUAACUCCGCCCCCCGCGUGCACCUCCGCCCGAAGGAGCGGCGACUCUGCCGGCGCUGUCGUGCGAUUGGGCGCCAGGCUUAGGCAGCUCGGCGAGGCCGUGGACCUGCGUCUGCCCCGCGGCCGGUUUCUUUGGCUCCGUGAGACCGCGGACAGGACCCUGUGUCCCCCAGAAUGAAGGUCUUCCUGCCGGUGCUGCUGGCUGCCCUUCUGGGUGUGGAGCGAGCUCACGCCUUGGUGUGCUUCUCUUGCACGAAUCAGAACAGUAAUUUCUACUGCCUGAAACCAACCAUCUGCUCGGACUCCGACAACUACUGCGUGACGGUGUCUGCCUCCGCUGGCAUCGGGAAACUGGUGGAUUUCGGUCAUACCCUGAACAAGGGCUGCUCCCCGAUCUGCCCCACCCCCAGCAUCAACCUUGGCGUGGCGUCUGUGGGCACCUACUGCUGCCAGAAUUUUCUGUGCAACAUCAGCACGGCCGGCGGGGGGCUGCGGGCCAGCGCCACCCUGCUGGGCCUCGGGCUGCUCCUCAGCCUGCUGUCGGCCCUGCAGCGGCUGGGACCCUGACCGCUGGGCCCUGCAGCCUCCCAGACUCUCCCCCGCUCAGGAAGGAAGGCCCGGCCCCUCUUCCUUUGACUCGUCACCGUGCUUGAUCCCAGCCCGCCUGCCCUCGGUCCCAUCUUCGGGACCCUGCCUUGCACCUGCCCUAUGAGGGGCCAGCUGCCCUCAUUUCUCAGGCAGUGACGUGACCUUCCUCGCGGAACCUGGGAAGGGAUGAGGGCUGGAGCCUGAGGGUCCCAGGGUCGGAACUGAGUGCUGGGGACACAGUGGGGGGGGACACGCAAGCCUGAGGCCCUGCCUCGUCCAGGCUCUGUCUGCCCCCAGGCGUUGUGGAAGAUGUGUUCUCUGCCACCGUGUCCCAGAAGGGCGCGCGUGCUGCUGCCGUGGGUGACCGUGCACACUCAGCGGUGUGGAUGGGGGUGCUGGGGAGCCCCUGCGGUGUGUGUGCAGGCGUGUGGCGGUGCCCUGGCCCGCGUGUGAACGGGCUGAGCGCCAGGGGCCCCGAGUUAGCAGCAGCCGAGCUUCCCGAGUCCACACCAAAACUCUUCUGGCAUUUCUGCGCCCCCAUUCUCUCACCUUGAGGACAGCCUUUUGGAAGGCAGGGUUCUGGGGCAUCUGGGCUUGGCUGCCUGACCCAGGAAUCAGUUCCCACCCCCAAGGCCAGCCUUGGCUCCGCCCCCUCCCUCCACCCCGCACUGGCCCCGUCCCCUCUGUCCACCCCGCACUGGAGCCUGCCUUCGGCCUUGGCGCCUCGAAUAAAUGCGUGUUCCCAACCUU